CAGGUUGUGCUUUGACUUCACCGACCACACAAGAACGUGUCAGACUUGGCUACAAGAAAUUGGGUCAUGGCUCGAAUUGUUGUGAUGGCCGCAGUUUGCUGUCUGGUGGGCGUGGCCAUUAUGCUGCUCGUUGAGCAGCCCACGGGGGUGUCGGCCGUCAAAUUGACCUACGUGGGCAACAGUACCGCCUGCGACAUAUGCGAUGAGGACGUGGACUUCUCCGGUCGCAACUUCAUCUGCUGCCUAACGAAGAGCAAAUGCUGCGGGCCCGACAGCCUCGACAGGAAAAGGCGGAGCUUGUGAGAUGACGUCGGCAAACCACUCCAGACGCACCUGCGCAGAAAAAGAAAAACAGUACACCCUGCUUGGCCACAUGCAGACAUUGAGUGGUUAUUGAACUAUACACGAAUUCCUACACACAGUACUCGGACCAAAAGCAGUGAAAAGCAAAAAAAAAAGUAACGAGUGUUUAACAAACAUUGUACAGCUAAACAGUGAAGUAUGAUUUUGAAAGCAUCUUCACAUCUUUUUUUUCUAUUUCUUAUUCACAAAUGGUAGAAAAGAGACCGGGUCCACGCGUUUUCACGGCUAAGUGCGUUUGAGCUCUUUCUGGUGUCGUGCAUAUAGCGUUGGCCUGUUCUUACGAUCCUAUAGCUAGUGAUUAUAUUGCGUUUAGUAUUACGGUGACUGCGUAGCAGGAAGCCAACAAAGCAACAAUAUCGCGCAAUUUACCAACACGCUAAUAGUGUUAAUGCUAAGAGAGAGGGAGGGUACACAUCUUUGCGGAAAGUAUGAAAACAGUUGGUGAUUCGGACCAUGCACGUUUAGUUUUAUUUUUAUAGUUUUGUCAUUGCAACACUGAACGCGAUACAAUCGUUAACGUCUACCAACAACCCCAGUUUUUUUUUUUUUUUGCUUUUAUAAAUGUGUAAACGGGGUGAAAAGUAAGAAGCCGAUAUGGGCUCGUAGUUUUGCAUUGAUAUACGUGUGCCGCUGAAUGGCGUGCUACGCACGCGAAGAAUUCGUUGCGGUUCGUUUCUUUUUGCACGUUAUUUUUUUCUUCUUGUCAUGCAGCUUUUUUUUUUUUUCUUAGAUGCAACUAACACAUCUUUAGUAGCUACCCCGAACAUUUUUACAUCAUAUUCGCUCCGUGCUAGCCACAAAUAAAGAUUCUUGUAAACGAAGAA